UUUCCAUGCUUUGGCGGGAUGUCUUACCAUAUUAGUAUUUACUUUUUGUUCUACAAAACACAUCCCUUUACCAUAGAUUUAACAGUAGAUAGUCUUUCAUCUUCAGUCCCACCUUAUUAAUUUCUUAAUUCAACCCAAAUUUUUCACUCUCUUCAACAACCCAAAAAACACAAAACACUCUGUUUCUUGAAAUUUUCACCCUCUUCUCUCUGUCUGAAGCAAAGUCAAGAAAAAAAAAGAGUCUUGCAUGUAAAGAUUACUUCACCUCGCUUCCGCAUUAAGCACACUGCAGUGCAGAUCCCUCAAUUGUUCAAAUUUAGACAUUUGCUUUUCUAGUAGGGUUUGGAUCAGCCUGUGUUUGCAUUUUUUAUUUAUGGUUUCUGAGUUUGGUAUUCUGAGAAGAUAUAUGCCUCAUUGCAGCAGCUGAUGCUAGAUUGAUGUUUAAGUAAUGUCGAGGAUCACUAAAUGGAAGCUUGAGAAAACUAAAGUAAAGGUGGUCUUCCGGCUGCAAUUUCAUGCUACGCAUGUUCCACAAGUUGGAUGGGAUAAACUAUUUAUAUCAUUUAUUCCAGCUGAUUCUGGAAAGGCAACAGCAAAGACGACCAAAGCCAAUGUGAGAAAUGGGACCUGUAAGUGGGCAGAUCCCGUAUAUGAGACUACCAGACUUCUCCAAGAUAUUAAAACUAAGCAAUAUGAUGAAAAGCUCUAUAAGCUUGUUAUAUCAAUGGGUUCGUCACGGUCUGGUAUACUUGGUGAGGCAGCCAUCAACCUUGCUGAUUUUGCCUGUGCAUUAAAACCUUCUGUCAUUUCCUUACCUCUUCAUGGAUGCGAUUCUGGCACAAUUUUACAUGUCACCGUCCAGCUGCUUACUUCGAAAACUGGUUUCAGAGAAUUUGAGCAGCAGAGAGAACUUAGUGAAAGGGGCCUGCAGAUUGACCAACAUAGUCCUGAUGAAUCUUCUGCUAGAAAAGUAGCUUCUUCAGAAGAGACCAUCAAUGCUCAGUCAGAUAAGGUAUAUGCAAGAGCUAAAUUCAGAGAAAGAGUGAAAGAACUUUCGUCUCUUGAGGAAGAGGCGGGGCCAACUGAAGAAUAUGCAGACUCAGGUGUUGGAUUUGAUGGCUCUUCCAAUACUUCAGAAAGUUUAUAUGCUGAGAAGCAUGAAUCCUCCAGUGCACAUGAAAUUGAUAGCCUUAGAAGUACUGUCUCUGGUGAUUUAGCCGGACUUUCCCUCGGCCAAAAUCCUCAGCUGGAGAAAGGGGAUCCUCCUGAUCAUCGGUUUUCAGCGCAGGGAACCAACGAUUGGGUUCAGGGCUGGAGUUCAGACUACUCUGUGGAUAAUGACUUGGUAGCUGUUUAUGAAGAGAACAGUAAGCUGAGAGGUAGCUUGGAAGCAGCUGAAUCAGCUAUUCAUGAGCUGAAAUUGGAGGUCAGCUUUUUAAAGAGUCUUGCUGAUGAAGUAGGUCAUGAAGCACAGAAGUUUGGCAAGGAACUUUCUGCUGAGAUUGUAUCUAGCGAGGAGCUAGGAAACGAAGUAUCUUUGCUUAAAUCAGAAUGCUCAAAGUUGAAAGAUGAUCUCGAACAGCUCAAAAUUUCUAAAUGUAGCGGCAGGAAAGCUAAUGGCUCUGAACAGGAUCAAAUGUCUCAGGAUGUAAUGCUCACAUGGCUAAAGGGGCUUUUAGCCAUGGAAGAAAAAAUAAUAGGGCUUCAAAAUAAGGCAUGCUAUGGCUACAAUGAAAGUGACCUUAAAUUUUUUCACUCAGACAUAGUGGUGUUGCUUGGUAUCUUGCAGAAUCUCAAAGCAGGCACUGGACUUACAGUUUCCAGUCUAAACUUGAUCGCCUCUGAAGAAGCAAGCCUAAAGGGGAUCAGAGAGAUGGGUUCGCUAAAAAAUGAUCAGUUUGCUACAGGUACUGGUUUUGACGUCGACUUAUAUCAGCCAGAGCUAGGCAUACUUCAUUGUCUUAACAUGCCUGGCCUGAUUUCUCAUGAAUCUGACGCUGUAGAUGUUACUAAUGCAAUGAAAAGCAAAAUUUUUGAACUUGUGAGAGAGUUAGAUGAAUCAAAAGCAGAAAGGGAGAGCCUUUCAAAGAAAAUGCAUGAGAUGGAGUGCUACUAUGAAGCUCUUGUUCAGGAACUUGAGGAGAAUCAGAGACAGCUACUCAGAGAGCUGCAAAAUCUCAGAAAUGAGCACUCGACUUGUAUGUAUACAGUUUCAUCAACUAAGGGUGAGAUGAAGUCGAUGCAUCAAGAGCUCAAUGAACAGAUAGAUAGACUUGCUGAAGAUAACCAUCAUUUAGGUUCCCUCAACAAAGAGCUUGAAAGAAGGGCUGUAACUGCAGAAGCAGCACUCAGAAGGGCACGCUUGAAUUAUUCUAUCGCUGUGGACCAGCUACAGAAGGACCUAGAAGUUCUCUCUUUCCAGGUUUUAUCUAUGUAUGAGACCAAUGAGAAUCUGAUCAGGCAAGCCUUUGUAGAUUCUUCACCUAAAGGAUUUGAUUCUCAAGAAUAUUCAGCGAAACUCUUGCAACUUCAAAACCAAUCAGUUGGGAUAAGGAAACAGCAGUUGGGUGGGGAUAUUCAUUUAGAAGACUUGAAGAGAUCACUACACUUGCAGGAAGGCCUGUACCGGAAGGUUGAAGAAGAAGUCUGUGAAAUGCAUUUUCUGAAUAUCUACUUGGAUGUGCUCUCAAAGGCUCUCCAUGAAACUUUUCUCCGUGCAUGUGAAGAUGCCAAACUUAUGAAUGAAAAAGUAAAUGAACUCACACAGCAGCUAGAGCUUUCAGCCGAGUCAAAGAAUGUAGUGGUGCAAAAACUACAGAGUGCAAUGGAUGAUGUUCUCUCUCUCAAUGAUUACAAGGCUACCUGCAUUGCUAAGUGCAAUGACAUGGUUUUACGAAACCAAACUUUAGAAGCAGAUUUACAGAAUAUGACCCAUGAAAAUUAUAUUCUCGUACAGAAAAUUGCUGAAUGGGAAUCUGUGACGAUGCAAUACAGAGGUUAUGAGGAAAAAUUGGAGGCGUAUACUGAAGAAAAUGCAGAGUUGACAUGCUUGUUAGAGAAGAAAACUAUAGAAAAUGGGAUUCUUCAACAUGAAAACUUCUCUUUGCGGGAUGAGAUGAAAGCCAUUAAAGCAGAAUUUGAUGAGCUGGCUUCAGGGAAGGAAAAUCUGCAACAAUUUAUCAGUUCUCUCCGAUGUAGAUUGCAGGAAUUACUGGUGUCCUAUGACAAAAGUAUAAGUAAUCUGUCUCUUGUUAGCGAAUGUAGUAGACAGGACUUCCAGUCCGAGGACUUAAUAGGUAUAAUGAUGCAUCUAGAAGAGCUUCAGCAUAAUGCCUGUGAAAAGAUUCUCCAACUUAUAGAAGAGAAGAAAUGCCUAAUGCAUGAAACAGAUGCAGCACAACUGUCCAUUUCUGCUGCCGAAUCAGAGAUUGGUUUCAUGAAACGGAAGGUAGAACAUGAAAUAAGGAAUAUGGUGAAUAAAUUUGAUGAGUCAAAUAUUUUGCUGCAGAACCUUCACUUAGAUAUUGAGGCUUUCGCGAACAGACUCGAGGUUGGCUUAGAAGUGGAAGAAAAAUUUGAAAAGCAGCACAAUGAUCUUUUCUCUGGUCUUGAUCAUUUAAAAGUUGAGCUACAAGAUCUUACUUCUAAGAAUAAGGACCUUGCUAAUGAAAUCAUGACAUUAGAGAUUGCGACAGCAGCAGAACUUACAAAAGAAAACCGGGCCUUAAUGACGUCUUUACAGGAGAAGAGCGUCGAAUCCAGCAUGCUUUCAUCAGACCUGAAGAGCUUACAAGAGAGUUUGCAAUCUUUGUAUGAUGAAAAUCAGGCUCUGAUUGCAUCUUCACGUGAUACAGCGGAGGAGUUAAACAGCUUAAGGAAUAGCUUGCAAUGUCUGCAUAAUGAAAACCAGGCUUUGGUGGUAUCUUCACAGGAUAAGGCUGCAGAAGCUGUCAAGCUGGCUUUGGAGCUAAACAAUUUGAAAGGGGUUUUGCAGUCUAUGAAGGAUGAAAAUGAAGCUUUGAUGGUGAUGUCGAAUGAUAAAACCGAGGGCUGUGUGAAACUUGCAUCUGAGCUUGAAAGUCUGAAAGAAAGUUUGCAGUCUUUGCAUAAGGAAAAAGAAGCUUCAACUUUUUUGUUGCAGGAUAAGACGGAAGACUCUGCCAGGCUAGCAUCCGAACUGAACCUGUUGAAAGAAAGUUUGCAAUUUCUGCAUGAUGAAAAUCAGACUUUAAUGGCAUCUUUACAGGAUAAAACGGAAGAAUCUGCCAAUCUUGGGUUGGAGCUAAACCAUUUGAAAGGGGUAUUGCAACCUCUGCAUGAUGAAAAACAAGCAUUGAUGGCAUCUUUACAGGAUAAAUUUAAGGAAGCUUCCAAGCUUUCAUCGGACCUAAACAGUUUAAAAGAGAGUUUGCAGACUUUGCAUGAGGAGAACCAAGUUUUGGUUGCGUGUUCACAGGAUAAAUCGGAAGAGUCUGCCAAACUGAAGUCAGAGCUGAACAGUUUGAGAGACCAGCUACAGUCGCUACAUAAUGAAAACCGAGCUUUUGUGGCGUCUUCUAGGGAUAAAAAUGACGAGUCCAUCCAACUUGCAUCAGAGCUGAACAGAAUGAGAGAAAGUGUAAAAUCUCUGCAUCAUCAGUUGCAUGACGAGAGAAGUUUAAGAGAGAAUUUAGAGAGUGAAGUUACAGAUAAAAAUUCCAAGUUAAACGAGAAAGAGUGUCAGAUGCUCGAUCUCCACAAAUCAGUGUCCGAGCUAGAAUUGGAGAAGUUGAGAAUUUGCAGUCUUUUGUCUCAAUAUGAGGACAGCCUUAAAAUUGCUCGCGAAGAAUGUUCUUUUGUUUCUGAGCUUAAAAAUGAGUUAUGCAAAAUGCAUGAACUUGUAUUAGCUACUGAUGUUCAACUAAUUUUCACAGAAACUCAAUACAAAAGCAGGGCUGACGAUCUGGUUUUGAAGCUUUGGUCCUCAGAUAAGCACCUUGAUGAACUUCAAAAAAAGCAUGUUGAUCUAGAAACAACACUGAGUCAUUCUCUUGCUAGUGAAGCCAAGUAUAUUGAAGAGAAUGCUAAGUUGUUAACCAGUCUCAACUCCGUGAGAUCUGAGUUGGAAGCGUCUAUUGCUGAAAAUAGAUUGUUUCUUGAUGCAAACAAAACUUUGAAAGCUGAGCUUGAGGAAUACAAGGAUCAGACUCAAGAUGCCAAAAUUAAAUUUUGCAAGGAUGAAAGUCGGCAUUCUCUUGAGGUUGAAAGGCUGAAGCGCAUGUUGACGAGUUCUGAAGAGGAGAUUUAUUCUUUGUUGCUCUUCAAGGAAGAGCUGGAAGUCAAAGUUUUGGUUCUCAAAGCCCAAUUGGAUGAACAGCAAGCUCAAAUAAUUACAAUGGAAGGAUAUCAUGAUGAACUAAUGACACUGAAGAAACAGAACAAUGAGCUUUCUCAGAGGCUCGCUGAUCAGAUAUUGAAGACCGAAGAGCUCAAAAACUUGUCUAUCCACUUGAGGGAGCUUAAAGACAAGGCUGACGCUGAGUGUGUCCAGGCUCGUGAAAAAAGAGAACCUGAAACACCACCAGCUGCCAUGCAAGACUCCUUGAGAAUUGCUUUUAUAAAAGAGCAGUAUGAAACGAGGCUGCAAGAACUGAAACAGCAACUAUCCAUAUCCAAGAAGCAUAGUGAAGAAAUGUUGUGGAAAUUGCAAGAUGCCAUUGAUGAUAAUGAGAAUCGGAAGAAAUCUGAAGCUUGUCAUCUGAAGAAAAAUGAAGAACUCGGAAUGAAGAUACUGGAAUUAGAGGCUGAACUACAAUCAGUACUCUCUGAGAAGCGUGAAAGAAUGAAUGCUUAUGACAGGAUGAAAGCUGAGAUGGAGUGCUCCUUGAUAAGCCUGGAGUGCUGCAAGGAAGAAAAACAAAAGCUUGAAGCUUUUUUGCAAGAAUGUAAUGAGGAGAAGUCUACAAUUGCAGCUGAACUAAGUCAGAUGAAAGGAUCGAUAGAAAAUUCCAAAUUGGCAAUUAAUCUUGUGGAGAAAGAAAAUGGGCUGGUUUUCAGAACCAUGAACCAGAAAAAUCCUUUAUCUGAUGCUUCAUACCUAGAACAAGAUACUUCAAGCACUUCUGACGAAGCUGAGAAUAAUGCACUCUUAACUGGGCAACUUGAGCAGGAUGCUCUUUUAUCUAGUGGUAUGAGUGGGAUUCAAAGUCCAUCACUGCCAAGUGAAGAUAAGUUGCUGCCCAGUGAUAUGAAGCAAUUGGUUCUCAUCAAUGAUCGUUUCAGAGCUGAAAGUUUGAGGUCUAGCAUGGACCACUUAAGUAAUGAGUUGGAGAGGAUGAAAAAUGAGAAUUCAGUUGUGCAAGAUGAUCAGGACUUUGUGCAAAAAUUUCCUGCUUUACAAAGUCAAUUUAUGCAGUUACAGAAGGCAAACGAAGAACUGGGAAGUAUGUUCCCCUUGUAUAAUCAAUUUUCAGGGAGUGGCGGUUCACUAGAAAGAGUGCUUGCAUUAGAAAUUGAGCUUGCUGAAGCAUUGCAGGCGAAGAAGAGAUCAAGCGUCCAUUUUCAGAGUUCUUUCUUAAAACAACACAGCGACGAGGAAGCGAUAUUUAAAAGUUUUAAAGACAUCAAUGAUCUAAUUAAAGACAUGCUGGAGCUAAAGGGAAGAUAUGCAGCUGUUGAGACUGAACUGAAAGAAAUGCACGAUCGCUACUCCGACCUAAGCCUGCACUUUGCAGAAGUUGAAGGAGAGAGACAGAAACUCAUGAUGACUCUCAAGAAUGUUCGGGCAUCGAAGAAGGCCCUACACUUAAACCGGUCAUCAUCUGCGUCACUCGGCGACCAGUUGUAGCAGUCACCGUGCAAGUCCUCUACUAACAUCAUAUCUUGUCACAUAAAUCAAUUAUGCAGUUCAUGGGACACCUGCAAUUUUCAAAUAUAACAAGCCUCAUGAGGAAGGCACAAAUUAGAAGCAGCAGCUGUACUUUGUGUAAAUAAAAUGUACUGUCUCCCAAAAAGUUAGUAUCAUAAGGUAUAGAUCCCUGUAACAUUAUGACCUUUUGGUUCAUGUUGUAAGUCAUUAUACUGUAUAGUAAAUCAAAUUCUUGAUAACAGUUUUGUUAAAUUAUAGCAACAAGCCAGAAAGUUUAGUUCUCUUA